GAUUGCGUUGAUUCAAAGCAUUCCAACGAUAAACCGUAUCUAUCGAGUGGCAAUAUAUCGUUGCUAACGAUUCAGUAUUUUUAUCGGAUUUGAUUGCGUGUACUCGAUGGAGAUUAAAAGAUCAACUGCUUUCUAUGAUUUAUCAGAUAAAUCUUCUUUUUAAUUUUGAACAGUUCUUAGUGGCGAUUGUCCCGAUAUCUUGCCGAUAGGUUUUAAAACACGCACGGCAGCGUUUUGAGAAUCAGUAUUCGGUGAAUUAGAGUGGUUGCAAAGUCUCUCUGGGUGAAUCUAGAGAAUUCGACAUGAUCGUUUUCGGCAUUUUGUGGGCGUUUUGCGCCGUUUUCCAACUCGGCGAUGCCGGCGGCCUACGUACGUUCCGUUUUCAAGGUCUACAAGAGCCGGACACUUCGGGCCUGAUCGACGCACAGAGCAUAAACGAGGCCUGGAUCGAGCAGCCCCUCGAUCACUUCAAUCCUCGGGAGAAUCGCACCUGGUCGAUGCGCUACUACGAAAAUUCCGCGUUGUUCAAACCCGGCGGGCCCAUUUUUAUCAUGAUCGGAGGGGAAUGGGAAAUAUCCACGGGUUACCUGCAGACCGGUCUGAUGUACGAUAUAGCGAAGGCGCACAACGCUAUGCUGUACUAUACCGAGCAUCGUUACUACGGCAAGAGUCAUCCGACCGAGGACCUCGGCUUGGAUAACAUGCAAUACUUGAGCGUCGAUCAAUCGUUGGCCGACUUGGCGUAUUUCAUAGAGGCUAAAAAGGAGGAGAAGUCGUUCCAGGACAGCAUCGUGAUCGUUUUCGGAGGGUCUUACGGUGGCAACAUGGCGGCCUGGUCCAGGCUGAAAUACCCACACCUCAUUCAAGGCGCGUUGGCCAGCAGCGCUCCGGUAUUCGCGAAGGCCGACUUUUACGAGUAUUACGAAGUGGUGACCGAAUCGCUGCGUAGGCACAGCCAGCAAUGCGUGGACGACAUUAAAGCCGCGUUCGACGCGGUCGAGGAACUGUUGGCGACCCCGCAGGGCCUGGAGAAAUUGAAAACCUACUUCAACUUGUGCGACGCGCCACCAGCGAAGUCCCCCAGCGACCUUGGGCUCUUUAUGAACACUUUGGCGGAGGCAUUCGCGGGUGUCGUUCAAUACGACAAAGUGGUGAAAGGGCAGUCGAACAUUGCUGCCUGUUGCAAACACAUGACUGCGCCCUAUUUAGGCAGCCCCCUUCAAAGACUGGCUAGCCUUGUGUCCGACCCGAAGGAAUGCUCGGCUGUUGAUUACAAGAAUUUCAUCCUUAAUCACACUAGAAAAGACUGGGACAAGCAGCCCGACGUCAUGAGACAAUGGUUCUAUCAGACGUGCACCGAGUACGGUUAUUUUCAAACAUCUACUUCGAAGAAGUCCACUUUCGGCACGAUGGUGCCGUUGAGCUUCUUCACGGAAAUGUGCAGGGAUCUGUACGACUAUUACUUCGACAGCAAAUACUUGGACAGUAGAGUCAGACGAACGCAUAUAAUGUACGGAGGCAUGCGGCCGGAUUUGCGAAACGUGAUCUUCACCAACGGCGACGUCGACCCGUGGCACGUGCUUUCGGUUCUUGAAGACUUGAACGAGUUCUCGCCGGCUAUACUGAUCAACGGUUCCUCGCACUGUCGCGAUCUGCAGAACAACGAUGCCGCGGACGUUCCCGGCCUGGUCCAGGCAAGGGCAAAAGUACGAGAGAUCAUCGGCAGCUGGAUCGCUUCGUAAUUCUCGUCGGAAGAAAACAAGAUAAUCGUUGAUGUAGAAAAAUGUGCAUUUAUUUCCUAUUUACAACCGAUCGGGUGCCACAAUCAAAUUUCGUGCAACUUAUGAUACAACAUUAAAUCUAAUCCUACAUUGUUCUCUGA